AUCGUGUGAUACUUGUCAUGGCGUGGACACUGCUGUUGCUGCUGCUCUGGGCUGUGCCCACAUUCCAGAAAGAGAAGUUAAAGGUGAUUUCAGCCUACAAGGGAAUCGGCGAGAUGUGCGAACACAACUCAGAGUGCCAGAGCGACUGCUGUGUCGUCAACAGCUUGGACCCACAGAAAUUCUGCACCUCCCAGACCAUGUUCUUGCAAUGUGUGCCCUGGAGGAAGCCAAACGGGCACCUCUGUGAAGAGCACUCCGAGUGCCGCAGCAACUGCUGCAUCCGGACUGGCUACAGCCUGAACAGGUUCUGCUCAGCAAAGUCCAUCUUCUUGCAGUGUGUGCCUUGGCGCAAGCCAGAAGGGGACAAAUGCCAAAGCCACUCAGAGUGCUGGAGCAUAUGCUGCCUUCCCCUGAGUGAGAGCAGCCCUCCCCACUGUACAAAGCGAACGGGGCUCCUAUCCCUCUGCCUGCCCGUGGUGAGUGGCUCGCCUCAACCCCCACCUACUGAAGUUGGGGUGGGGGGUUGUGUGAAACCAAAUCCCACCAAUAGAGGGCGCAGUGACUGCCUGUCGUUAGUGACCAUACGCAGUUGAUGAAGCA